UCAUUAAGUGAUAGUGGCGGUGGAUAACAAUGACCUCCUACCAGCUGUGAAUUUCUCUUCUUCCAGGGGAAAGGUACUAGUAAAAGAGAUUGCUGCUGGCUAAGAUUACCCACCGGGGCCUUGAUCCUUGGAGGAGCCUCCCUCAGGGUCAGGAAUCAAGCGGGGACACGGCUGAGCCACUCAGAAGCACCUUUUCCUGGGGACUGAUCAAGAGGAGGGAAGGUCCUAUAACAGCCCAGGGGCCACGGGGGGCCUGAGCCCCAAACCUCAGCUGCUGUUCCAGAUAUGGGAACUGAGGCUGAGAGAGAUGAAGUCACUGCCCCUGGUCACAAAGCUAGCAAAUCAGCCCCGUAGCUGAGUGGAGCCUCUGGGCCUGACGUGGACCUUCACUGGAGACGUGACUCAGGGAACCUCCCAGGAUGUCUGCCUCACCGGAGGAACUGAGUACAGGGGGAAGGUUAAAGAACAUGACAGUGGACGAAUGCUUCCAGUCUCGGAGCACCGUCCUCCAGGGGCAGCCCUUCGGGGGUGUCCCCACCGUGCUGUGCCUCAACAUCGCCCUGUGGGUGCUCGUCCUUGUGGUUUACUCCUUCCUCCGGAAAGCUGCGUGGGACUAUGGGCGCCUGGCUCUGCUGAUACAUAAUGACAGCUUGACCUCGCUGAUCUAUGGGGAGCAGAGCGAGAAGACGUCUCCCUCGGAGACUUCCUUGGAGAUGGAACGCAGAGACAAGGGCUUCUGUUCCUGGUUCUUCAACAGCAUAACCAUGAAGGACGAGGAUCUGAUUAACAAGUGUGGGGACGACGCACGCAUCUACAUCGUGUUCCAGUACCACCUCAUCAUCUUCGUGCUCAUCAUCUGCAUCCCCUCCCUGGGCAUCAUUUUGCCCAUCAACUAUACUGGAUCCGUUCUGGACUGGAGCAGUCACUUUGCUCGGACCACCAUUGUCAAUGUCUCCACAGAGAGCAAGCUCCUGUGGCUGCACAGCCUGCUGUCCUUCUUCUACUUCAUCACCAACUUUGUGUUCAUGGCUCAUCACUGCCUGAGGUUUGCGCCCAGGAAUAGCCAAAAGGUCACAAGGACGCUAAUGAUCACCUAUGUGCCCAAGGACAUUGAAGACCCAGAAAUCAUCAUUAAGCAUUUUCACGAGGCCUAUCCAGGCAGUGUCGUGACCAGAGUCCACUUCUGCUACGACGUCAGGAACCUGAUCGACUUGGACGAUCAGAGGCGCCACGCCAUGCGGGGCCGGCUCUUCUACACAGCCAAGGCCAAGAAGACUGGGAAGGUGAUGAUCAGGAUCCACCCCUGCGCCCGCCUGUGCUUCUGCAAGUGCUGGACCUGCUUCAAGGAGGUGGAUGCAGAGCAGUAUUACAGCGAGCUAGAGGAGCAGCUAACGGACGAGUUCAACGCCGAGCUCAACCGUGUGCCGCUCAAGCGCCUGGACCUGAUCUUCGUCACCUUCCAGGACUCCAGGAUGGCCAAGCGUGUCCGUAAGGAUUACAAAUAUAUCCAUUGUGGUGUGCAACCCCAGCAGUCCUCAGUGACCACCAUCGUCAAAUCCUAUUACUGGAGGGUCACUAUGGCUCCACACCCCAAAGACAUUAUUUGGAAACACCUGUCUGUCCGCCGCUUCUUUUGGUGGGCCCGCUUUAUCGCAAUCAACACCUUCCUCUUCUUCCUCUUCUUCUUCCUCACCACGCCCGCCAUCAUCAUGAACACUAUCGACAUGUACAACGUCACCCGCCCCAUCGAGAAGCUGCAGAGCCCAAUUGUGACCCAGUUCUUCCCCUCUGUGAUGCUCUGGGGCUUCACAGUGAUACUGCCUCUGAUUGUCUACUUCUCCGCCUUCCUGGAGGCCCACUGGACCAGAUCAAGUCAGAAUCUGGUCGUGGUGCACAAGUGCUACAUCUUUCUGGUGUUCAUGGUGGUCAUUCUGCCCUCUAUGGGACUGACCAGGUACCUUAAUUCCAAUUAUCCCUCUUCUAUUAGCCAGGCUGUCUUAGAGUGUGUGUUCCUGCCAGACAACGGCGCCUUCUUUGUCAACUACGUGAUCACGGCAGCUUUACUUGGCACAGGCAUGGAGCUGCUGCGUCUGGGGUCACUCUUCUGCUACAGCACCCGCCUCUUCUUCUCUAGAUCAGAGCCAGAAAGAGUCAACAUCAGAAAGAACCAGGCCAUAGACUUCCAGUUUGGGCGCGAGUACGCGUGGAUGAUGAACGUGUUCAGCGUGGUGAUGGCGUACAGCAUCACUUGCCCCAUCAUUGUGCCUUUUGGGCUGCUCUACCUGUGCAUGAAGCACUUGACGGAUCGCUAUAACAUGUACUACUCCUUCGCACCCACCAAACUGAAUGAGCAGAUCCACAUGGCUGCUGUCUCCCAGGCCAUCUUUGCGCCACUCUUGGGUCUGUUCUGGAUGCUGUUCUUCUCUCUCCUGCGGUUAGGUUCUCUCCAUGCCAUCACCAUGUUUUCCCUGUCCACCCUCCUCAUUGCUAUGUUAAUUGCCUUUGCUGGCAUUUUUCUGGGGAAACUUCGGAUGGUUGCCGACUACGAGCCCGAGGAGGAGGAGAUCCAGACGGUGUUUGACAUGGAGCCGAGCAGCACCUCCUCCACGCCCACCUCCCUCCUAUAUGUGGCCACCGUGCUGCAAGAACCGGAGUUGAACCUGACCCCCGCCUCCUCCCCAGCCAGGCACACCUAUGGCACCAUGAACAACCAGCCGGAAGAGGGAGAAGAAGAGAGUGGUCUGAGGGGCUUUGCAGGGGAGCUAGACUCGGCCCAGUUCCAGGAAGGGCUGGAACUGGAGGGCCAGAACCAGUACCACUGACUGGGACCUGAGGCCUCCACUGGCGACUUGUUGAGGAGCCAGGGGAGGGCCUGGCAAGGGGAGGCAGGAGGGUGGCCUGGACCUCCCCACUACCUCCUGCAGACUUUGAGAAGCCCCCAGUGGAGACAUCUGCCACCCCAGCCAUGGGCCAUACGGGCGCCCUGACCUGCUGCCCAGCUGGAACUGGGGGUGCUCGGCAGUGCUGAGGGAACCUGGGAAGGGAUGGAGGAUACAGGGAAGCCCAUGUCUUGAAAGAGGUGGCUGGAGCGCCAGCACAGAGACUGAACGCUGGGGUCCCUUCCUGGGACCAAGAUGGAGAAGGUGUUCCUAAGGGAGGAGGCAGAAAGAGGCCGCCGAAGGCUCUCUGGGGUCAUCACCGCUCUGCAUCAGCUGCCCUUCCAAGGAGCUUCUGCGGCUGCUCCUUCUCCCAGCCCCGGCCCAUUCCUCCCCUGCAGUCUGAGGAGGCAAAGGUACGUGCACGGGGCACAUUGACAGGACACAGAGGACCACCUCAUCACGGGGUUCCCUGCAUGGGGAUCUGUAAACAGAAAGUUUCUGCACCCACCCGAGGAAGAACCAACUGAAAGCGCAGACCUGAGAAGAGGUAACUCAGCCCCUUCCUGCUCCUCUGCCCUCAUCAGAUGUCCCCAGGAGCAGCAGGGCAGAGGCCCUUCUCCUUUCUAUUCUUACAAGGGUAGCUAGAGCGCGACCACUCAGGGCUCAUCAAAUGAGACUUGUGUGCAUUUUCCAGAAGGAAACCUUGGUUAGUCCUUGCUGGGUAACACAAAGUGGGGUGAGACAGGGGCCGAAUUCAUGGAAGGGGGCUUUCUCCCUAAAACUCUGGGUGGUGGGAAACCAGCUAUACCUCCCCAAGACCCAGGGUCUAAAGAGAAGACCCCCCAAAGCCAAAGAUGUGGCCACUUAAAAGAGUCUCCUGCCUCCUACCCAACUGAGUGCCUGGGCCCCCAGCUUGGUCAAGAUGGGCAGUACAUUAGGGUAAGAACCCCAUGCUUCAAACUGAAGGACUGACCUUCACCUGAGUCCCAAGUAGGACCCUUCCUCCCUUCUCGGGACUGCCCCUGCACCCUGCCUUGAAGACCAUCCAGGCGACCUCCAGUGUGGGCCUGGUCCAGACACUGCAGAUGCUUCAAUCAUGAUGUCGCCCCAGGCCUGCCAGGGGUGGGGUGGAGGGGAGGGUCACGUGCUCCAGGGAGAAGCCCUUUCUGGAGAAGCAAGGCUGCCCUCCCAGGGCUGCCACCACCUGAGACCUGGGGGAGCUGAAUUCCAAACAGUGAUGGCGACAUUCAGCACCUUUGCCAUAGCUGGGGGGAACCGGCCUCUGCCUCUGGGAUGGGCUCUCAUUGGGACCACCGUGUAGCCCAGCCAGGGAGGACAUGAGAAGGACCAGUGGGGGCCUCAGUGAACCAGAACAAGCCAAGCUGAAUGGGGUCUGUGUGUUCUCCAGGGCCCUCUUCAGCCCCCUCCUCCAAAGGUCUGGGUCCCUGCACCAACCUACUGAAGGUGGGCUCAUCUCACCUGAGCACCUGCACCAGGCCCCAGUCACAGGGCUGCCCUGAACUCAGAUCACCUAGGCCUUGUCCCUGCCCCACCUUUGCCCCAUCCCAGCCCCAGACGCUCCAAGCGUCACCGCAGGUGAGAAAUUGUGCUCCAUGGGCAGAAACUGCUGCACCCCCAGAGUGUGGCCCACAUUUUGGCAUGGGGCUGUCUUUCCAGAGAGCUUGGGUUGGCUGGAGAGAGGCUGUCUUUCCCAUUCCUUGUCCGGCUAGGACUAAGGGGGAAAUGAUCCUAGCCCAGCCCCUACACACCCAGGUCCCACAGGCCCCUCCCCACUGGCAUUUCACCAACCAACAAGGAGAAAGGACACUGUUACAGCGCAGCAGUCAGGCCCAGCAGGAGCUUGGCACAUGGUGGGGAGGUGGCCAGCUCAGACCCUGCCCGACCUCAUCGUGUGUAUUUGGUAUAUGGGGCGUGGGACAUGCCAGAAGCUGGCCUGGGGUCUCUCCUUCACUGGACACAGCUUGCUGGAGCCUGCCCCCAGCCCCUGAAGCCCCUGCCAGACUGUGGAAGCCACAUAUGGGAAAGGUCCUGGCAGACAAUGUGGCGGGAUGGCUGGGGGCUUCUCCCUCUGAACCUGGGUCCAGUGUAGCCUGGCUCUGAGAGAAGGUGGUGAGCAUGUGGAGAAGGAGAAGGUUCCAUAGUCCACUCUUAGGGGAACCAGCAAAGCCUCAUGGCAGUUGGCUCCAUCUGGACCUCCCAUGGUCACUGCAGGGCAGUGGAGCGGGGCAUCCUUUAGCCUCCCCACCAUCACAUCCAGGCCCUCUCAGGCACCUCCUGCCUCAGCCCACACCUGCCUUGUCCAUUGCCCCCCUCCCUCCACCUACUGCCAUCCCACUCCUCCGCCAGCCACUUCCCAGCCGCCCCACCCCACUCUGUCCUCCAAAUCACCCCCCGACUUAAUCCUUUCUGGAAGGAGCUGCCGCCUGGGAACCGGUAUUGCCUAGAGCCUCCAGGAGGGGCCCUCCUCAGGCCUCCAGUGGCCCCAUGCCCGCCUGCCUGACCCUCCACUGCCCCGGAAGCAAAGUGCCUAUCAGCAGCGUUGCGUCAUCUGGGGCCCCCAGUGGGGUGGGGGGGUGUGGGCUAACCUUGGCCACCACCACUAAAGGAAUGUGCCAGAAUGCUGAACCUUCUUGUUAAUGCUAUGACCGUGCCUUGAAUAAACAAGUCCUCCCAGCCUC